AUGUUUGGCUCCGAGUUUGACUUUAAGCGCACCACUCCGCUACACGACGAGGAAGAAACACCCUCGGAGGAUCCCGACUCGUACUCGGACGAUGGCUACACCCUCCGCGACUCUUCGUUCGAGGAGCAGCCCCCCGGCAGCGAGAAGGUAAAAGAUGAGGUGGGCUUUGGGCCUCAGGUGAGGAAGAACCCGAGGCGGUCGUGUGCGGUCUACUUCUUGCUCUUUACGUGUGGGCUGUUUGUGUUUACGCUGCUGGCCCCGAGGGGCUUCUAUAGCGGUAGGCUUAGGAGGCCUUCCUGGGCGGUGGGGGUGGAGGAUGCGAUUGAGGGGGGGGAGGAGGAGGGGGCGGGGGCGCCGUUGGACGUGUUUCAGGUGUAUCCGCCGGUGAGGGUGGGGGCGGAGUUCUUGCCAGCGUCGUAUGAGGGGAGAGGGAGGGAGUGUAGUGUUGUGCUGAUGGAGCAUGAGUUUGGGUGGAGUUAUGGGAAGCCUUUCGUUGGGAACUAUGCACCGCCAAAGUGCAGAUGGACGCAUGUGCUUUUUAACCUCACCAUGACGUCGAAAGGGAGGCAGUUUGAUAGGCUUGCCAUGCUGUUUCUUGGGGAUGUUGAGGUCUUCCGGACGAGUACCGCAGAGCCUACGCAGGCUGGAAUUAUCUUCAACUACAUGAAAGACAUGACCGCCUACACUGCCCUCCUCAGCCAGCCCCAAAAGCUGAUCUUCGACCUUGGAAACCUCGUCGACUCCACCUACACCGGGACCUUCACCGCAACCCUCACCGCAACCUUCUACACCCCACCCACCACCUACCCCACCCGCCCCCCGCACAACUCACCAUCAGGCCCCGCAACCCACAUCCUCCCCAUCUCCUCCCUCUCCUCCACUGCCAACCAACCCUCCCACUUCCUCCUCCCCCGCGACCGCGCCAGCACACGCCUCACCCUCCCGCCCAACACCAUCCGCGCAACCGUCUCCCUCUCCGCCUCCGGCAACGCCGACGAGGAGUUCUGGUACACAAACGUCCCCACCGCAUACACGCACACCUUCCCGGCCACGCCCCUCCCCGGCGCAUCCCCCUUCCGCGAGAUCCAGCUCCUCAUCAACGGCGACAUCGCGGGCGUCGCAUGGCCCUUCGCAGUCAUCUACACCGGCGGCAUCAACCCCGCGCUCUGGCGCCCCAUCGUUGGCAUCGCCGCAUACGACGUCCCCGAAUACAGCAUCGACAUAACCCCCUUCCUACCACUCAUCCUCGGCUCCCCGGCAACAUUCGAGAUCCGAGUCGUCACCGCCGACGACCCCGCGGAGAGCAUCGCAAACGACUGGAUCGUCUCUGGCCGCGUCUUUGUGUGGACGGACCCCAAGGAGGACUGGAUCACCACGGGGGCGCUGCACACAAAGUCCCUCGAUGCAACGGCGUUCACGGCGAUAACGCGGCUCACAGCGGAGGACGAUGGGGCAGUGAAUAAGACGCUGUACCACCGCAUCACGGCGCAGCGCGCGCUCUCGUUCACAGCGACGAUUAAUACCUCCGCUGGCCCGCGCGCUGCGGCGUGGUCGCAGGGGCUUAGCUACGUGAACACGAACCGGCUUAGCGCCGGCGGCGCGACGCAGGAAGUUGAGCAGGUUACGCAGGGGAGCGCGGCGGGCGCGGCGGGGGGCGCGAGUACGUUCCGGUGGCCGCUGAGUGUUAAUACGACGUUCUUGGUGGACGCGGAGCGGGGGAAUUUUACGAUUUGGGCGGGUGUGGAGCGGGGGGUGGAGGAGAGGGGGGAGGGGGCGGUGUUUCGGAGGAGGGGGAGUAUGGAGACGGCGCAGAGUGGGGCGGCGAUGUGGAGGAGUGGUAAGGGGGGGUGGGGGGUGACGGAGCAGGAGAUGGUGUGGACGGGGACGCCGGGGGAUGCGGAGGGGGUGGGGGGGUAUGGGAGGAGGGUGAAGGCGGAGGAGGGACAGGUGGUGCGGGAUUGGGAGUGGGUGAAUGGGAGGAGGGUGUUGGGGGAUUUGGGCGUGGUGGAGGGUGAGGGGCUGGGUGGGGAGAUGGGGUUUGUGGACGAGGGGAGGAGUGUGAGGAGUUUUUUGGGGAGGGGGCCGGGGUAG